AUGUUCUUUGGUUUCUCAAUUGCUAUUCAAGACGACAACGAACUCAUCGGUCAACCGGAGAUUCAGUGUAAUGCGGAUACGAUAGAUAUGCAGUUUCGAACAAGGAAACAAUUCAAUGGCAAAGUUUAUGUGAAAGGAAGUUACAACCGACCCGAAUGCCGAGUGGAUUAUAGCACGAAAGACCAGUACGGACGACCUGUUGGAGGAAUAAAACUCAAUCAUGGUGCAUGCAACAUGGACCGGCAACGAAUGAUUGCUCCCGAAGGGAUGAUGUUCUCCACCGUCCUGAUCAUCAGUUUUCACCCACUAUUUCUGACACGAAUGGACAAAGCAUACCAUAUCCGAUGCAUGUACAAAGAGGCGGCGCGAACGGUGACUGCUGCAAUUGAUGUGAGCAACUUGCCCACCGAAUCCGUCCAAUCCGAUCUACCGAUGCCCACUUGCAGCUACACAAUCCGACGGGAUCAACUCGAUGGUCCCAUCCUUAAAUACGCAAAGGUCGGUGACGAGGUGGUCCAUCGUUGGCAGUGUGAUUCUGGUAAUUUCCUAUCACUAAUCAUUGGUCAUCAGUUCUCUUCUUCAGACGACUACGGUUUGCUGGUUCACAGUUGUUACGUCGAGGACGGUCAAGGAGAGAAACAAAUGAUAAUCGACGAGAGAGGAUGUCACACUGACCGUCUUCUGCUAGGAGAUCCAACAUAUGUGGAAGCGUUGAAUUUGGCAUAUCGCGAGUCCUUUGUGUUCAAGUAUGCGGAUAGAAUCGCUGUGAGGUUCCAGUGUGAAAUUCGGUUAUGUCUGAAGGAAGAUGGAGGGUGUGAUGGGAUUACGCCCCCAAUGUGCUCAUUCAAAGAAAACAAUAACGUUGACGCGAAACAAGUUGUGAAACGUAGCACAUUAGACAAAAUGAACAUUGUUCCAAUCGAUGCUGAUUUCUUCUCCCAAACGCUCUACGUCAUGGAGCAAGAGGAAAACGACAACUCUACCAGCAAAGAACUCAUGGAAGUUUCAAAGAAUACAAUUUGCAUGAGUUCCGCAUUUGUCAGCUUUAUUUUUGUGAUCUCUGUGAGCACACUAGUUUUAAUUACUGCCGUUUUCUCAGCCUGGCUUUACACUCAAUGUUACCGGAAGAGAAUGGCCAAGAAUAGUUCCAUAGUUCAAUACGCUUGA